CCCUAGCCCUCUCCCUCCCUUAUAUCUCAAUCCACCGCUGCCCCAACCCUAGCCCAACCCAAUCCGCCGCCGUCCUCUUCUCCAGUCGCACCGGCGACCUCCAACCUCAUCGCCGGCAGCCCCUCCCCUCUCCUCCUAGAUCCACUCGGGCUACUCAUGUCGUGGCCAUCCUCUCUCUCCUCUCUCUCCACCGCACACCACUCCUCUCACUCCCCCAUGCAGCGAACCCUAGCGCUCCCCAAUCCAGAUCCCUCCCCUCCCCUCGCCGCCAUCCACCGCCGCUCGCCGCCGGCCUCAACCCCCUCCCUCGCCUGCCCUCUGAACACUGUCGCCUGCCAGAUCCACUGCAGCCCCCACCCUGGCCUCUCUCUCCCGUACUGCACGCCGCCGCCACACACGGCACCGCGCAACAAGGGGCUCGCAUCGCUCCGACCAGAUCCGAUUGGCGCCUCCCUGGCCUCGGAUCAGGCCUGCACGACCCGGGUGCCACCACGGCCACCACCGGGAGGCGUGGAUUCAUGCGUGCUCCAGUUGCGGGUUCGUGUCCUCAAGGUGCACAAGAGACCUCGUCUCCACUCCAAGGCCAUUCGUGCUGGCGUAGAUUGGCGUGAUCGCACACGUUGGCUGGACGGCGGCGACACUGACCUCCUCCGCCGGGUCUCCCAAGAGGCCGUGCAUCCUGCCGCGACCACCUCUACUGCGACGGUGGUGGCCGACCUGCAAUGCGACCGCUGCAUCGCCAGUAACCUCUUCGGCACGCCCCGAUGCUCCCCUCGCUCUGGGCACCCAAUGCCAGGCAGGCUGUGGAUGCCCGGACCUCAACGCCGGCCGUGCUACUCCAGCUGCUCCAUCCACGGCCAUGCUCAACUUCGCUCCUGUUCAGUUGCCGCAGGAUCUAAUGUUGUUUAGGUUGCUGCUGCUGUGACGGAAGACCAGAAGAGGCAUUGAGAUGCGCACCAUAGUUUUAGUUGAUGUUGCACCAUGUUCUGGUGCUUGUGUCUCUGUUUUUGCUCGUAAGCACACUUGUAUGUGCUUGUGUAUCGUGCUUGUGCAUCUGUUUUUGCUUGUUUAAGUUGAUGUUGGACGUGCGGACUUGUAUGUGCUGUUGUGUGUAUUUGGCUAAAUCAUUCUGAAUUUAAUCAUUUAAUCAAGAGA